UGAACAUAGACUUUCACUUCCGCGGAUGUACGGUGCGGUUCUUGGUUUUAUACAAAGAACUUCACCAUGCAGAUUUUUGUAAAGACUUUAACGGGGAAGACCAUUACCCUUGAGGUUGAAGCCUCUGAUACCAUCGAAAAUGUCAAAGCAAAGAUUCAAGAUAAAGAGGGCAUUCCACCUGAUCAGCAGAGGUUAAUUUUUGCUGGUAAGCAGCUUGAGGAUGGAAGAACUUUGUCGGAUUACAAUAUCCAAAAGGAGUCAACGUUACACUUGGUAUUGAGGCUGAGAGGUGGAGCAAAGAAACGUAAGAAGAAGAACUACUCGACUCCAAAGAAGAUCAAACACAAGAAGAAGAAGGUUAAGCUUGCCGUGUUAAAGUUUUACAAGGUGGAUGAAAAUGGUAAAAUUCAUCGACUCAGACGUGAGUGUCCUUCUGAACAGUGCGGGGCAGGAGUCUUCAUGGCUGCCAUGGAGGAUCGGCACUAUUGUGGAAAAUGCGGUUAUACUCUCGUUUUUAACAAACCCGAAGACAAGUAAAUGAUGAGUACGAUAAACAUGAGAUUGAUAACUUUGACCAACCGCCAUUUGUUAAUACAUGUAUGACAGUAGAUAUUACAUGAAUAAAGUAUUUGUCGAUCUCAA